AUGGCAGAAAAGACGAAGUAUGUCGAUCGGGUGAUUCCCGAGAUCUCCCUCCAUGAUUUCGACAGUCGCAUCGAUGAAAUCACGUCACAGCUAUGUGACGCCGCCGAGAACGUCGGCUUCUUCUCCAUCAAGGAUCACGGUCUCAGCCAAUCCGAAGUCGAUGAGAUGUUCUCCGUGUCGGAGUCCUUUUUCGCUCUACCAGAUGAAGCAAAAGCCACCGUGCCGUGGAGUCCCAAAAACGUCGGCUGGGAGAAGCUGUCGCAGAUCAGACCGUCUACGGGUGCAGCCGACCAAAAGGAGUCAUAUCAACUUCAAUUUGGGGAGAACAUGAACGGUGUCUGGGCUAGCGAUGACAUUCUUCCCGGCUUCAAGGAGAAGUCUUUAGCCUUCAUGCAUCGCGUGCAAGUCAUCUCGGAAAGAUUGAUGCUCUGCCUGGCCCGGGGCCUUGGCUUUGAGGACGACUACUUCAUCAAGUAUCACGAUGCCGCUCAUCCCGGCGCGCAGUCUGUGCUCCGGCUUCUGCAUUACUUCGAAACUCCGCGGGUCAAUGACGGGAAGGUGUACCAUCGAGCAGGCGCCCACGCAGACUGGGGCUUUCUCACGCUGCUGUUCCAACGAGAAGGGCAAUCAGGACUUGAGAUUUGCCCUGGUCGUGAGGCGGUCAGCCAACAUGCCCUCGGGGACGAAUGGACAAAGGUCGAGAUCAAACCAGGGGUCAUCAUAUGUAAUAUUGGUGACUUGCUGAUGAGUUGGAGCGACGAUCGAUUCAAGAGCACUUACCAUCGGGUCAAGGCGCCGUGUGAGGAGGGGGAUUACUACGGGGAGAGAUACAGCAUGGCUUUCUUCAAUCAGCCAUGCAAAGAGGCUAUUGUUCAGGGCCCGUUGAAGAAGUAUCCGAUGGUUACUGGGGAGGAGUUCAACCGCAAUGCCAUGGAUAGGAUGUACGCGGCUUUGCAGGCGAAGAUCGCUGGGAACGAGAUCAAGACUUAA